AUGGGCCUUUGUUUUCUUUGCAAUAUCAACACCAUAGAUCCCAAACACUAUUAUUUCUUCAUUCUUAUAACUAGAAUAGGUGUUGUGGCUAAACCUUGUGAUGAGUUUGUUGCUGGAGUACUUGCAAUAUGGUUAAAUGCAGGUGUAGCUGUUCCACUUGCACUCAGUUACCCUGAAGCUGAGUUGUUACAUGUCAUGACUGACUCGGAUGUGUCCAUGAUUUUGAGUACUGAUGAUCACAGGGAGCUUAUGCAAAAAGUUGCAGCUAAAACUACAGCUCAAUUUUCUCUAAUACCAAAUGUUCCUACUAUGACUUCACAAGCAGUAGAUAAUGGUGUUGUACAUCAAAAAGAGAAUGUAUUUGCAAAUAACAUAAAAGGGAUAAAUGCAAAUCACAACAAUGUAAUGGUUUGGUUGGUUUUCUUUUCUGAUUUGGUGCCAGGUGAAUCUAAUGAAUCAAGAUCUGCCUUGAAGAUUGAAGGAUUGACUAGUAAACAUCAGCAAUAUUGGUGCCAGGGUUGAUGAAAGCGAACAGCUGUCGAGUUAGAAGUGGAAAAGAAAGCUCAAGCCGAAAGAGAUAAGAUGCUGAAAAUGCAAGUGUUGUAUUGUUCAUUUCAAUUGUUAGUAUGAAACAUAGAAUAGAUUAGAUGAAUGCAAAUUUAUAU